AAAAAAAUAGGUCAUCUGUCAAAUGUCAAAUCGAAGGAAUUGAUCAAUUCGGAACCUGUUUUUAUGGCGACUGCAGUUGUAAUUGACCCCCGAAUUAACACAUUUCCCAAAAAUAUGUGUCCACCGCCACAAAAUAGCCCCUAACAAGCUAAAAUUUCGGUUCUUUGAACCCGAAAAAGUGAGGUUAGUUCAAUGUCAGUGACAAGUGACAGUGUCUCUAAGACAUCAAUUUCUUGUAAAUAAUCACCCCAGACACCCCAACGAUGAAACAACGCCACUUAAAACCGCUUCUAUAGCCCCAAAACCACGAAGGCUAUGUCCAUCAAGCAAGAAACCCUGCCUCUGGAGGCUAUGGUGAUCAAACAAGAAACAGACUCAGAUUCCCACAUCUUCCUCAAUUUCAAACAGGAAAACUCGGAGACACCUGAGGCGAAGCCUGAAAUCACGCUAAAUGCUGACCACCGCUGCAAAGUGUGCAAGAAACCGUUCGAAACCGAGGACGACCUUCUCGAUCACAUCAACUCAAAACUGAACGAUAAAUCCUUUUCGUGUUGCGCUUGCGGUAAGAAAUUUCGGGACAAUACACAGCUGAACGUCCACGCACGCCGGCACACGGGGGAAAAGCCGUACGAAUGUCAGCAGUGUGGGAAAAAGUUUUCCAUUAAUGGUAAUCUAAGUAAGCACAUGAGGACCCAUACGGGCGAACGCAGGUUUGAGUGUGAUGUUUGUUCGCGGAAGUUCACGCAGUUCGCGCAUUUGGAGGAUCACUUAAAGACGCAUUCUGGGGAGAGACCGUUUCAGUGUGAUAUUUGUAAAAGUUCUUUUAAAACGAAAGCUAGGUUGAAAAAGCAUAAGAAGAGUCAUGAGGAGAUGACGAUGACGCGGAGGUCGGUGCAAUGUCCGGUUUGUCAUAAGAUGAUGAAGACUAUGAAACAGUUGACCAACCAUAUGGAUUGUCAUUCGUCGGAUAAGGCUGUCUUUCAGUGUGAUAUUUGUGGGAAGGGUUUCCACAAUAUGCUUUAUUUACAAAAUCACCAGAAAACGCACAGUGGGAUCAGGCCGUUCAAAUGCACGUUGUGUGAAAAGACUUUUAUUACGUCAGCCCAGCUGAAAAGGCACUACAAUUCACAUACGGGUUAUAAACCCUUCACGUGCGAUUCGUGCCCCAAGUCUUUUCCCAACCUUCAAAACUUGAAACGUCACAAACUGACCCAUACGGGGGAGAAGAACCACGCUUGUACCAUCUGUGGGAGGAGUUUCAUGAUUGUUGAGAAUUUGACGCGUCAUAUGAGAACCCACACGGGGGAGAAACCCUACCCUUGUGAUAUUUGUGGGCGGCGAUUUGCUCAUAGUACAACUGUGAAAGAGCAUAGAAGAACGCACACAGGUGAUAAACCAUACGGGUGUGGUCUUUGCGAUAAAAGAUUCACAAUAAAUAAAUUAUUAUAUAAACAUAUUCGUACUAAGCAUCCCGAGGAUUUCAACGCAUUUAAAGAAAUGAAUUUGAAAAAAAAAUACGAAUUUAAGUUUUUGAAUGGAGACAUGAAGCCAAAUUUUUUUCCUAUACCUGAGAGUGUGAAGCCUGAACCUGCCCUUGCCCUAAUCAAAGUGGAAAAAUUUGAACCUGAAGAUGAAGAUAUGUAAAUAGUUAAAAACCAGGGUUGUCAAGUCAUCACAUGUACAAUUGUAGAAAAAAUUAAAUGAGUGUUGGUGUUUGUA